CAUUUAGUUACGAAACCCUGAAAGACUGAAAUAAAGAGUUGUGAAAAGCAAAAUCCUUCAUCCGAAAUACCCAGUUCGUGAAUCAGAGACUGCAAAGCAAGCACACCAGAAGAAGAGGACACAUAUAGCGUUAGAGGAAGAUGAUCAUCCCCGUUCGCUGUUUCACCUGUGGCAAGGUCAUUGGAAACAAAUGGGAUGCCUAUUUGGACCUUCUGCAGGCAGAUUAUAGUGAAGGAGAUGCACUGGAUGCAUUGGGACUGGUUCGAUAUUGUUGUAGGCGCAUGCUUAUGACCCACGUUGAUCUCAUUGAGAAGUUACUGAAUUACAACGCUCUGGACAAGUCUGAUCCAAGUUAAGAAGGCUUAAGGAAUAACACAUGACCAGGAUGUUUCAGUCGCAUUCCAUGCCCUAUGGCCAUAUAUCUUUUUUUUUUUUUUUUUUGAAUGGUUUUGCUACAGGCAGGGUAUGUUUGUGUGCUGGGGAUGAGUUUAUGUAAAAGAUUUAACGAUGGAAAUUUCGCUUCAAAUUUUAGUAGUCUCAAACUCUCUUAAAAGCCAGAGCACAAACACCAUUUAUUUAUCAUCUAUUAAUCAUAUAUUAUAAUUAUAAUUUCUAAA